GACGCAGCCCCCUCCCCCGCUUCACAGCGUUUCCCAAGGUCCCUAAUUAUGUAGCUGCGCUCCUUCUGCCUUAAGGUUUUAACUACUGCCCAUCACCGUAGUAUCUGGGCUGGGGUACCAGAUAGCAAGUGUGAAAGAUCGAGACACUUUGUGUGGGGGUGUGGGGGGGUGUGUGGUUGCAUAUAUAAGACAAAGCUCCCAACGUCUGGACGGUCCGAUAACCUGGGCACAAAAUGUUUCCCUGCCCCCAUCCCUGAAUGCUCUGAGGGGACGAGACUUGGGGCCAGCUCCCUGUGCAGCAAAGGGCUUCGACUCUUCUCAUGCUUGAACUCUCACGCCUGUCUCCCAGAAUGGUUUUAGGCAUGACUCUAAUGCCCCCUGCCUUCAAACUGUUCUGGUUAAUAGGUGUUCUCCCCCCACCAACGUUGGAGCCGAGCCUAUUCAUCUCAUUCUGAGUUAGGGGAACAUGUAGGAGAGGAAUGUAUUUUCUGGAUUUGACAAAUCAGAAGACUUUCUUUGGUGAGUGGAUAACUGAAAUGGCUCCAGUUGCCCUUGUUAGAGAUCCAGUCACAAGUGGCUAGUCCUCAGGAGUAGACCACCCAAUGCAUUUUUGGACGAAGUGCGCCUCCUGUCUGGGGUCUGUACAGCCCUGCUGGAGAUGCUGAAGUGGGGCUGCCUGGUGGCCACGUGUUCUGCUCCUUUCUCUGGUGCAGUUCCCGGAAGUAAGUAGAGAUCCCCGCACCUUGUUCAGCCUAAGGGGAUCCACCGGGGCAAAGUGUCCCUCAACAAGGCAGACAAGAUCGUCUGGCAGCUGGUGAAGAAAUGACUGUUCCUUCCCUAGAGAGCCAGCAACAAACCGGUCUACAUCGCUCACAGGCACUGUGGCACCAAUGUCCCCCACAUGGGCAACCUGUGUGACGUCGUGGUGAUCACCCACGCCUUCCGCCUGUUGACGUAUCUCGAUGCCGCGGUAAGGAACAUUGCGGCGAACGCCCUGCGUGGAAUGAUGUGACAAAGAAGCGGAUUGGCAGAGCCCCCUCCAACCAAGACAUCGCCACCUUCCUGAGCGGCUCCCUGGAUGGCGAAUUCGGACAGGACAGGGGCGCCAUCACUUCACUGUGGUUCCGCGCUCACAAUGACACGCGUCACCUGGGGAAGCGUGUCGGCUGCCGCUGGGAGUCCUGGUGCCACAGAUCAGGUCCAACGUCAACACCAUUGUCACCCCGAGCUCCAGGGGCAUGCUGGAGAGGACCCUGAAGGCCGCCGUCCACUCGCUGUACGUGGAAACCCUGAAGUGUAAACCGGACCUUUGAGUUGACCAGUAAGUGGGUAAAGCCUUCGAGUUGACCAGCAAGUGGGACACCAGCAACCACUUCCUUGCUGAGAGCGGUUUCACCCAUUUCGCCGACUGGCGGUUCAUCCACUGUGCCCGUCUCAACUGCGUCCCACUCAAUGGAGCCAUCUGCCACGUGAACCGAGACAAGCGUUGCAGGAAGUGUGGCUACUCCAAUGAGACCCUGCCCCAUGUCCUGUGCAGCUGCAAGCCCUACUCCAGAGCCUGGCAGCUGCACCUCAACGUCAUCCAUAACCGCCUGGUGAAAGCCAUUGCACCGUGCCUGGGGGAGGUCGCCGUGAACUGCGCCAUCCCCGGUACCGACUGCCAGCUGCAACCUGAUGUUGUCGUCACCGAUGAGGCCCAGAUCAUCCUCAUCGACAUCAGAGUCUCCUUUGAGAACAGAAACCCAGCCUUUCGUGAAGCCCGAGCUUGUAAGCUGGAAAAGUACGAUCCCCUGGCCGACACCUUGAGAGCGAAGGGCUAUGAGGUGCAGAUGGAUGCCCUGCUUGUUGGAGCCCUGGGCGCCUGGGACCCUGCAACGAGCGUGUGCUGCAGACCUGCGGGAUCAGUCGAUGCUACACACGGCUCAAGCGGCGCCUCAUGGUCUCAGACACCAUCUGAUGGUCCAGGGACAUCUACACCGAACACAUCACCGGCCACCAACAGUACCAAGAGGCAUGAGCCAGAGCGACAUCAUGCAUCGACUACGAGAAAGGGACUGAGAGACUUUUUCCAUUGGACCAUACGAACUGGAACUAUAAACUCACUGAAUGAUAAAUCUCACCAAAUGAAGUUUGAAAAGCCUGGUGUGCAGGAAGAUUGGGAUUACCCUGACAUGGCUAAGGAGGCAGGUCAGAAGGCUUUAGCUGAUGCAGGUGUUCCUUACUCGGCAGUGGAGCAGGCAUGUGUGGGCUAUGUUUACGGUGACUCAACAUGUGGUCAACGGGCUAUCUAUCACAGUUUGGGAUUAACUGGCAUUCCAAUCAUUAAUGUUAACAACAACUGUUCCACUGGAUCCACUGCUUUGUUCAUGGCCCGGCAAGUGAUCCAGGGAGGUUUGGCAAAUUGUGCUUUGGCUCUUGGCUUUGAGAAGAUGGAAAGGGGGUCCCUUGAAGCUAAAUUCCCGAACAGGACAAAUCCACUAGAUAAACACACAGAAGUGAUGAUAAACAAACAUGGCUUUUCUGCUGCUCCAGUAGCCGCACAGUUCUUUGGAAAUGCUGGAAAAGAACAUAUGGAGAAAUAUGGGACAAAACCAGAACACUUUGCAAAAAUAGCAUGGAAGAAUCAUAGCCAUUCAACUAACAACCCGUUUUCCCAGUUCCAGAAGAAGUACAGUUUAGAUCAAGUGUUGCAGUCUCGCAAAAUUUAUGAUUUUUUGACUAUUUUACAGUGUUGCCCAACAUCUGAUGGAGCUGCAGCUGUGGUUUUAGCGAAUGAGGAAUUUGUGAGAAAACAUGGAUUGGAGUCAAAAGCGGUGGAAAUUGUGGCCCAAGAGAUGGUCACUGAUCUUUCAAGUACAUUUGAGGAGAAUAGUUGUAUUAAGGCGGUUGGCUAUGAUAUGAGUAAAGAAGCUGCGAAAAGAUGUUUUUCCAAAGCAGGUCUGAAACCUACAGAUGUGGAUGUGAUUGAGCUCCAUGAUUGUUUCUCAUCUAAUGAGCUUGUUACUUAUGAAGCUUUAGGACUUUGUCCUGAAGGAAGAGCUGGGGAGCUGAUUGAUAGAGGAGACAAUACUUAUGGUGGAAAAUGGGUGGUAAACCCCAGUGGUGGUUUGAUUUCAAAAGGACAUCCAUUGGGUGCCACAGGUCUGGCUCAGUGUGCUGAACUCUGCUGGCAGCUAAGAGGGGAAGCUGGGAAGAGACAAGUUCCUGGUGCAAAGGUUGCUCUGCAACAUAACAUAGGCCUUGGUGGUGCUGUAGUUGUAACAUUAUACAGAAUGGGUUUUCCUGAAGCUGUAAGCACCCAGCGCAUCCAGGCUAUUCCCACCAGCGCAAGUUUUGAUGGAUUUAAGGCCAAUCUUGUCUUCAAAGAGAUUGAAAAGAAACUUGAAGAGGAAGGAGAACAAUUUGUCAAGAAAAUUGGUGGUAUCUUUGCCUUCAAAGUAAAAGAUGGUCCUGGUGGUAAAGAAGCAACUUGGAUAGUAGAUGUGAAAAAUGGUAAAGGCUCUGUAGGUACUAAUUCAGAUAAGAAGGCUGACUGUACAAUUACAAUGGCUGAUUCUGACUUGUUGGCUUUAAUGACUGGCAAAAUAAAUCCACAGACAGCUUUCUUUCAAGGUAAAUUGAAGGUUUCUGGGAACAUGGGCAUGGCUAUGAAGCUUCAGAGCCUACAGCUUCAGCCAGGCAAAGCUAAACUUUGAAUUCAUUUGACUGCACUUCACACAAGACUUGAUUAUAUAUAUAUAUAUGUCAACAUUUAGAGUGGAACUAGACAUGGAAAGUAACAGUAGUACAGGUUUUUCUAAAUUUGGGUAGCCAGAUUCAUCUUUCUUAUACUUAAUAGAGUGUUAAUAGAGAUUUCAGUACUGUCUUGCUGAACUCCAUAUAUCUGUCUAGUGCAAAGUGAAUGUAGUCAUUGUGACUUUAGACUAAACUCAGACACUCAUAAUGGUUAUAAACAGUAUAAUGCAAGGAAUUAUAUGAACAAAAAUUGGUGUUAACCAGUCUGAAAUUUUUAAAAGCCUCACAUAUUAUUAAUGAGAAAGGUCACUUUGCUGUCAUUGAACUUUAUAACAAAUUGCUUCUUUAAUUAAAAUUAUUUUUGAGAGGGAUCACUACAGCUACAUAACUCUUUUUAAACUCUUGGGAAUCUGCUUUUAAAAUAUUUUCCAUACUGCUGCUUUGGAAAUUAAAAAAAACCCCAACCUCUGUAAGUAAAUAAAAACAUUCAAAAUUAGUGGUGAGACCAAAACUUGCUUUGCGAUUCACAGCAUUAAUUGUAAUGCCUCAUCACCUUGAAAUAAGAUAAUGGGGAAAAUCAGAUAACAUAUUAAAAUCUGCUUUGUUUAAAUACUUUCCUCGAGUUGAUAAUUCUCUUUAAGUUCUUACCUAAUACUGUAAAAAAUUCUUAUUCCUUUGUAUUUGGUUUUGGAGAAAUAAUGUAUUCUGGUCAAAUGUUUAAUAGAAAAUUAAAUAUGCUUUUCCUGUUC